AUGCACAUCACUGCGGUUGAGGGCCACAGGACAGGGGACCUGAGAUCUCCGAUCCGUGAGCUGCACACCCUUCCCGAAGCGGGGUUUGAAGAUGGCCGCAGGAGCAGGAGAGUGGGUUCGUGGAAGGGGGUCAAAACAUCCACGGCAAGAUUGAAGACGAUUCUUCCCAGCCGGCACCAGACAGGGUUUUCCCGCGCGCUGGAACCCUCAUCGUCCAACGGGCUGAGAUCAAAUUCAUCCAGACCUCUGUACACCGUCGAUCCGCCUAUUUUCUCUGGCAGGAAUGGAGCUGCAUCUGGCAUCAACGAUGCCGGGCAAAAGGCUUUCCACGACAUCCAUGCACGAACCCCUUUGGACAAGGCACGAUGUCCCUCGUCGCACACAGAACAGAAUGCUGGCGAGGCAGCAUGCAAAGAUACAAGCCGAAUCAGGUAUUCCGUAGCACUGAGUACAGAGACAAGAUUCAUGGGCAAAGAUUCGAACGGCUGGGAAGAUCGGCACGAUGAUCAGGCUUCUCGGCAUGUGCAUUUUCCCUUCUGCUGCGCGGAAACUAGUCGGCUCACGAUGGAACAUUUUACGAUGCCAGGCGUGAGCAUUUUCCCCUUCAAGUCUAAGGAUGCUCCAGUUCUAUUAAAGUUCAAAGAGACUGGCUCGCAAGCGGAGCGCCAGGUGCCUCACUAA